UUAAUAUCUCCUCCUGAGAGUGUAUCAGAAUCAGAGUCUCAACAGUCAACUCAAUUCAAUCAUGUCAACUUCAUCAUCUUUCCUCACACUCUCCAAAUUCCAAUUUUACCCUCUUCACUUCCCUCCUCCUUCUUCUUCUUCUUCUUCUUCUUCCACCCGCGUGAUGUGUUGUGGCGGUUCCAACUCGCAACCCGCUGCAACUGACUACAAGUUCGUCUUGCACGACGCUCUCGAUUCUUCUGGAAUCGACACCACCCAUGCCAGAGAAGCUAGAGUGGAAUUCUGCUCACAAAUUCAGAAAUUCACUGGUAUUGAGAAACAAACCAGCAUUUGCAUUAACAGGUCUGUUGAUUUGGGGAGAACUGCUCUUUAUAUAGCUGCAGAGGAUGAUUCCCUGGUGUCGCAUUCUUCCGUUCCGCUUCCCGUCGACGCUUUCAUUGUAAGAUUAGAUGAUCUUUCCAUGGACUACUGUCCUCAUUACAGCCCCAAAAACGAUUCGUCGCCCGAAAAGUUUUUAGAGAGCAUAGAGAGAUUUCUGUAUGUUCACAAGGGUUUCAAGAGAACAGAUGCAAAUCUGUUGGAGCCACGGUCACUCUAUCUUCAUUCGGUUUUGACUCACCGCUCGGGAUCAGCUGCAAUGCUCUCUCUUAUAUACUCAGAAAUUCUGAAAAUGCUUCGAUUGUGGGGCCUUUUGUAUUUUGAUGCUGAAAUUUUCUUCCCUCACGAUUUUCUUACCCUUCCCAAAGGCUAUAACAAGCAGAAAAGCAAGGAGUCAGACCAAGCACACAUAAUGACAUCAGGAAACCUAUUAGUUGAGAUCUUAAAUAAUCUGAAGCAUGCAUUCUGGCCCUUUCAACAUGAUUAUACCAAAACUUUAUUCUUAAGGGCAGCACAUGCUGCUGACUGUGUUGACAGAUCUGCUUUUGUUGGUGAAAGUGCCUCUCAAAUUGCCUCGGCUAAGGCUGCUCAACAUAGAUUGGACCGAGGUGUUUGGACCAACGCGUGCUUUGGGGAUAUGAGGCGAUCAUUGUCCGCAUGUGAACGCCUUAUCCUCCUGACAAAUGAUGCAAAUGAGUUAAGAGAUUACAGCAUUCUUCUCUAUCAUUGUGGAUUAUAUGAGCAGUCAUUCCAAUACCUGAAGAAGUACCGGGAACUGAAGAACUCAUCUACAGAAGUGACAUCUUUAAACACUUUAAGCAGUCUCGAAGAAGAUGCCGUGGACAAACUGAUGACGCGCUUGAGUCUCAUUCUGAUGGAGCAAGGGUGGAGCCGACCAUCUUAUGCCAGAAAUUUUCUCAGUAAUAACUCUGAACCAUGGUAGUUCUGCAUUAAUUUUUUAUUGACACAACAUUAAAGAAGAUUUGCAGUAAAGUUCUAAUUGGAAAUGAAAGCUGAUUGUCUCUGGACGCAAAGCAUGGGAUUUUGGGAUGCAUGCAGCUGUAGUUGCUCCAAUAGCUUGCAAGCUCUGCAAUCAUACAAAUAAAAACGUGGUUGCAACUACUCAAGUGGACGAGAUUGUCCAAUAAGUUGAAAGAUAGCAGAGGUUCAUAGAAAGUAAUAACCAUAUACUCAUGCAGGGAGCAAAUACAAUUCUCUAUUACUUGUGUCUUGUGUUCCUGUAAUUAAAUGACUAAUGUAUCAUUUACCUGUAUCUUUAUAAAAAAACUAGCGGAAUUACCCGUGCAAUGCACGGGUUACUUUACUAUAUAGUAAUAUCUAAAAUUUGUAUAA